GACAUGGAGCUGCUGGAGCAAGUCCAGAGAAGGGCUGGAGUACCUAUGCCAUUAAAGUCUUCUGUGGAUAACCAGAGAAGUAGUACCCACAGUAGUACUGUGGGUUUUGCUUUGGUCAUAUACCAAAAAAGAGGGAGGAUGUGUCCUGCAGUUUGCUUCAGCAAUGUCACAUUCACAAAUGUUCUUGACAUAGGGGACAUCAGCAGAAAUUGCACUGAAGAUGGCUGGUCUGAACCUUUUCCUCAUUAUUAUGACGCCUGUGGCUUUGAUGAAAAUGAAACAGAGUCUGAUAACCAGGAUUACUACUAUCUAUCUGUGAAGGCUCUGUAUACGGUGGGAUACAGCACUUCUCUUGUUUCCCUCACCACCGCCAUGGUUAUCCUGUGUCGUUUCAGGAAGCUUCACUGUACUCGAAAUUUUAUCCACAUGAAUCUCUUUGUUUCAUUCAUCCUUCGUGCAAUAUCUGUAUUCAUUAAAGAUGGUGUUCUUUAUGCUGAACAGGAUGGCAACCACUGUUUCAUCUCAACGGUGGAAUGCAAAGCAGUGAUGGUGUUCUUUCACUACUGUGUCAUGUCCAACUACUUCUGGCUUUUCAUUGAGGGAUUGUACCUUUUCACUUUAUUGGUAGAAACCUUUUUUCCAGAAAGGAGAUAUUUCUAUUGGUACACUAUUAUUGGCUGGGGUACCCCAACAAUUUGUGUCACUGUCUGGGCAGUGCUGAGGCUUCACUUUGAUGAUACUGGCUGCUGGGACAUGAAUGACAACACUGCCUUGUGGUGGGUGAUCAAAGGUCCUGUGGUUGGAUCAAUCAUG